ACGACUGCUACACCAUCCACCAGCGACGACCUCAUUAUCGGCCAAGUAACCUUGGGCGGAAAGUUCAAGUGCCUUGAUAAGCUGUGCAGAGAUGAUGAAGCGCUAUUGUUCAACCGCCAUGCUGAUUUUAAGCGCCACCACGUCAACAUGCAUGCGCGAAGAAUGACCGAGUACUUUUGCCCCGAGAAGGGAUGUUCUCGGUCUAGGUGCCCUAUCAAUGGAAGGAAGGGCCGCAGUUUCAAGGGGAGGAGAGAUAAGAUGAGGGAGCAUGUUAAGACGGUUCACGGCGCCGAGGGGAAGAAGAGUAAAAGUAAGAGGGAGAGUGGGAAAGGGGAGGUUAAAGAAUAA